UUUAUAUGCAGAGUUUUGAUGUAAUUACAUUAUUAAUAAUGUUUCCAACUUGUAAACAGCCUGGUUGCGAUAGUGAAGCAACCGCAUUUGUGUCAUCAAAAUGCAUCCUUGUUUGUAACGGUUGUGCUGCUGGGGUAUAUUUUAAUGAGACUGUCAGUUCUCUUCCCAAUCCAAAGAUCGCAGAGAAGUCUCUUGAUUAUGCAAGCUACUUGCUCGGUGAAAUCAUUGAAGCUAAGAAUCAGCAUGAGAUUACUCAGUACUUCAAAGAUGUUGACCAGCAGAUUCAAGCCAUGAGAGGCGAUCUUGGUAAGCUUCAGGAAGAGAACAAAAUCGUUCUUGGAGAGAUAGACAAAGUUGAGGGUGGAGAGCUUUUAUAUAUCAAGCAUACUACAGGAUGCCAAAAAUUUGUGAGAACUAUCACAAAUUCAGAGAGUUAUAAAGCAUACCAGAAUCUUGCUACUUCACUUCAAUACCAAGAAUACAUGCGUGCUAAAAAGCAGGGAAGCAGUUCUUCAGCACCUAAUACCUCAAGUUCUCAGAAAUUCAAGUCAUUUCAAACCACAGACACUUUGCAUAAAGAAGUAAUGAAGCUUAGGGCUGAACUAGAGCAAGAGAAGCAACAAACCUCUGAUUUGAAAACUGAGAAUGAAACCAUUAAACAGCAGUUGAACGAAUCCCAAGAGAUAAUUCAACAAAAAGAUGAAGAGAUUAAGAAAUUAAGAGCUGACGAACUUGAAGAAGACAAGGAAGACUCUGACCAGUAUUAUGAAGAAACAGAAGAAGAGAAGGCUAAGAAGUUCAAGAAGAUAUAUAAGAAGAUCUUUAAAACUUCUUGCCAGCCAGAUUUGUUAUUCGACCUACUCUUAUGAAUGAAUGGUGAUGCAGCCAACUUAAUGAAGCACUAUGUGCAAAGAUCAUUGCCAGUGAUAAAUAAAGUUAGACUCAACGGACUCAUGUGGUUAGGUGAUAAUUCUCUAAAGAACAGAUUCAUAAGAUAUGGAGUUGCAAAAGGAACGAAUGAGUUUGAACUAAGCUUCAAUGACAGUUGGACUGAUAUAAAUGCUAGUCGUUCAGACUAUCUUGCUUACCACGAAAGCUGUGUGAUCGUAGCAGGGAAGGUGAAGAAAGGAUUUACUCUGAGAUUCUGCAAACUUGAUAGAAAGGAAGUUGAAGAAAUCAUCAUAGGGGGCAAGAACUGUGAGUCUAUCAGAUUUAUUUCAUGCGUCCUAAAAACAGAUGAGGAGUGUGACUUUGGAGAUGCGCUUAAGGAUGCUACCUUUAAAGAGCUUGACUUCAGAUCUUCUGGUAAAAAUUACUCAAACUGGGAAUCUAACCCCCACUAUUACGAAAAUAUCAUCAAGGGUAUUAGCAAGGGCUCCCCAGCAUCAAAGACGAACUUGAGAUUCGUCAACAUUGGAAAUUGUGAUGGGUUCACCAUGGAUCAGGCAACUGAGAUUUUGAAGAAAUAUGGAUUUGUUAAUGCACUUGUUACUUAG